AUGACCAUGUCACUGCAGGCGAUGGCUCUAGUGGCCAUCACAAUUUUAUCAUCAGCGAAAUCAGAUACAGUUUCGGUGAUACCACACGAUGCGCAUCCAGGUUACAGCGUAAAAAAGUUCAACGAACACUACACUCUAGUCAAUUCUAGCUUUAGCGAAUUCUUCACAAUGCUGCAGGACGGCUCUAUAAUGACUGUUAGCGAUGUGAGUCCUUUAAAGGAUCGACCCGUGGAUCUUUUAGUUUUGGAGAACGAUGGUAAUUGCACCAAAAAGCAUAAAGUACAAUUGUAUGUUUUGGAUAGGAGCAAUAUGUUGCAAUUCAAGGACGAAAGCGAGGAAAUUGUUGGAAGAGUUUUCGAGAAUCAACCUACUGGAACUAGAAUAGCUGGGCUAAGCCUUACCCAAGCUUCUGGAAGCCACAACUUUCCAGUUACUUAUAGUAUUAUUGCUGGAAAUGUUGAGCAAGCUUUUGAGCUGAGAAACAGUAUUACUGGAGAAAAUAUGCCAAAUAUUACUGUGGAUAACUCGGGAGGAGUUUACAUUGUUACAGCUCAAGUUUUGGAUAGAGAAAUCAUGGCCAGAUAUGUGCUCACCAUCCAAGCAAGCGACUCUAAUGGCAUAAAUAAAGCUGUAACAAAUAUAGUCAUAGAGGUGCAAGAUGAGAACGAUAACAGUCCAGUGUUCACGCAAAAAGUCUACAGAUUUAUUGUUGGAGAUGAUAGUUUGGAAGGUGACAAUGUCACUACGAACUGGAAACGAUUCUCAUCAAUAGGCAAAGUAGAAGCCACAGAUGCCGAUGGCGACAAAGUAGCCUACAAACUUGUGACUCCGACGAGUUUCCUAGUGAUCGUGCCUCAAACCGGUGAUCUUUUGCUUGCUUUGGAGCCUAUCGAGGAAGUUGAAUUGGAACUGGUGGUCGAGUCGCACGAUUUGAGGAUGCCUAGUAGGACGUCACCUAGACCGGCGCAAGUAAUUUUCCAUUUUAAGCCUCCCGAGGAUAGUGCCGAUUUGGAUUUGCAGACUUUGGAAGAAGAUCAUAUUCUUCAUCGUGAAAAACGUCGAGUGACUCGUGCAGUUCGUCCAACAAAACGAAUCGAAUUCAAGGAAACCGAAGGAGAGACUGAAGGCCGUGUCGUGUUUCAAUUGGAAAAGGAAACUGAAAAGGAAACUUUUAAAAUCAGAGACGAAAACAGCUGGGUUAUCGUCGAACCAAAUGGUUCGGUCAAAGUAAGAAAGAAGUGGGACUAUGAGGAACUGGGCCCAGAGAAAACCAUUGAUUUUUGGGUGACGAUUACUAAUGCUGAAAAAGGAGAUACUGAUAAUCAGCGUGUCAUAAUCCACGUACGUGACGUCAACGACGAACCGCCCUAUUUUAUUAACCGCCCUUUACCUAUGCAAGCUGUGGUGCAACUAAACGCACCCCCAAACACCCCCGUUUUCACCCUGCAAGCCCGAGACCCUGACACCGAUCACAACAUCCACUACUUUAUCGUUCGAGAUAGAACUGGGGGACGCUUUGAAGUUGACGAAAGAUCCGGUGUGGUCCGAACUCGAGGCACUGACCUGUUCCAGCUGGACAUGGAAUACGUUUUAUAUGUGAAAGCGGAAGAUCAAAAUGGUAGAUUGGACGAGAGACGGUUCCAGAGUACACCGGAAGAACGGCUUUCGAUUGUUGGCGGUAAAAGGGCGCCACAAUUUUAUAUGCAGAGCUACGAAGCUGAAAUACCAGAAAACCAGAAAAAGGAUUCGGAUAUUAUUUCUGUCAAAGCAAAAUCUUUCGCCGACAGAGAGAUUCGUUACACUCUGAAAGCACAAGGUCAAGGAGCGGGAACUUUCAAUAUCGGUCCAACAUCAGGUAUAGUGAAAUUGGCCAAGGAGUUGGAUUUUGAGGAUCUUAGGCAGCCUCACGUCUAUUCUCUGGUUGUUACUGCUACGGAGGAUUCUGGAGGGUUUUCUACUUCUGUUGAGUUAACAAUCAGAGUUACGGAUGUGAACGAUAAUGCGCCCAAAUUUGAGCUUCCGGAUUAUCAAGCUCAUAAUGUAGAUGAAGAUAUUCCUCCAGGUACAUCAAUUCUCAAAGUCAAAGCCAUGGACGCUGAUUCUGGCACCAACGCAGAAAUCGAAUAUUUAGUCUCCGAUGAUCAUUUUAGCGUGGACCCUAGCGGCAUUAUCAGCAAUAACAAACAAUUGGAUGCUGAUAAUAAUAAUGCUUACUAUGAAUUUGUUGUUACUGCCAAGGACAAGGGAGAACCACCCAAAACUGGUACCGCAACGGUUCGAGUAUACACUAAAAACAAAAAUGACGAAGAGCCCAAGUUCUCCCAACAAGUGUACACCCCUAAUGUCGAUGAGAACGCUGGACCCAAUACUUUGGUGACUACGGUUGUGGCAUCUGACAAGGACGGCGAUAAUGUACGAUUCGGAUUUGUUGGUGGUGGAACAAGUUCAGGCCAGUUUGUCAUAGAAGAAAUAACCGGCGUAAUUCGUCUACACUCGAAACCAAUUUCGCUGGACCGUGACAAAUACGAACUGAACGUAACAGCAAUGGACGAUGGCGCUUGUUGCGUCAAUGGCGAUUCGACAAUACACACUAGCACUGCUGUUGUGGUUGUAUUUAUUACGGAUGUUAACGAUAAUAAGCCCAUAUUCAAGGAUUGCGGAACGUAUUAUCCUAAAGUUGAAGAAGGAGCACCGAACGGGUCUCCUGUGAUUAAGGUCCAUGCAACUGAUGAAGAUAAAGGUGUUAAUGGGCAAGUUAAAUAUUCUAUUGUCCAGCAGCCUAACCAAAAAGGCACCAAAUUUACGGUUGAUGAGGAAACUGGUGAAGUUUCCACAAAUAAAGUAUUCGAUAGAGAAGGAGAUGAUGGAAAAUUCGUGUCAGUUACCGUUAAAGCUACAGAUCAAGGAGAACCAAGUUUGGAGGGGAAAUACGUCGAAAACGUCAAACAAGAUGCCAGCAUAGGCACAAACAUACUCCGCGUUUCAGCUUCUGAUGAAGAUGCUGACAAUAACGGAGCCAUUGUUUAUACAUUAAACGCUGGCUCGAAUCCUGCUGAUCUCGAGUACUUUGAAAUCCAACCCGAAAGCGGCUGGAUAGUGUUGAGGAAACCUUUGGACAGAGACAGGUACAGAUUGCGUGUGCGCGCAUCCGAUCGGGGAGUGCCGCCAUCUUACGCCGACGUCGACAUCGAAUUAGACGUGGUCGACCGCAACAACAAGCCGCCACUAUGGGACAGAGAUACAUUAAGCCCCAUCCACAUUAAAGAAAAUGUCACAGUGGGGACUGUGGUCACAUCGGUCAAGGCCAGCUCUGGAAUUGAAAACAAUCCGACAGUAUUCUACCGGUUGAUGCCUGGAUCUACAGCUCAAACCAACAAAUUCCAUACCUUCUAUCUACAGCAAAGACCCGAUAAUGGAUUCACGUGGGCCGAUAUUAAAGUUAACCAUCCACUGGACUAUGAAAAUAUCAAGGAAUAUAAUUUGACUAUUCGUGUUGAGAAUAAUGGCAUUCAACAACUCGCAUCUGAAGCAAUAGUUUAUAUUCAGCUAGAAGAUGUCAACGAUGAAAUACCGCUUUUCACUGAAAGAGAACAGGAGACUGUACUGGAGGGUGAACCGAUUGGAACUAAAGUUACUCAGGUCAAUGCUAUUGACAAGGAUGGCACUUUUCCUAAUAAUCAGGUUUACUAUUAUAUUGUGGAUUCUCCAAGAAACGAAGGCAAAGAUUUCUUUGAAAUUAACAAAGAAACAGGAGAGGUAUUCACCAAAGUAGUUUUCGAUAGAGAAAAGCAAGGAGCGUACGCUUUGGAAGUUGAAGCCAGAGAUGGAGCACCAUCUGCUAGACCUAACAGCGAUAACGAACCAAAUUCAGAGUCUGAAGAUUUUCAAUCAAGUAAAGCUGAAUUCCGUGAAAUAGAACAAUGUUAUUUAUCAUAA